AUGAAGUUUGCUGAGUUGGUAACUGACUUGGCCAUGACCAAAAAUUGGAGCAGAGACUUGGAAUCAUCCACUGUAGACGUUUUUGGUUUAGAAUUUACCAAUGACGACUUCUGCUUUAUGGAAAAGUUGCCAUUUGCCUCUAUCUUUAUCUCUGUCAUCUACUUCAUGAUUUUCUUCAUUGGCUUCUUUGGGAACCUGUUUGUGAUCCUGGUGAUGGUGCAGAAACGAGGCAACCAGAGGCUUGUGGACAAGUUCGUCCUUAACCUGGCCAUUGCAGACCUUGUCUUUGUAUGUACUUUGCCUUUCUGGGCUUUGACAGAAGCAUCUGAUUCUUGGUGGUUUGGUGAAGAGCUUUGCAAAUUUAGCAGCUAUGCUAUUUCUGUGAACCGUUGCUCAAGCAUCUUGUUCCUGAUGGGCAUGAGUGUGGAACGCUUCCUUGUGAUGAAUAAGCACUGGGAUUCCAGAUCUCUCGGGACCAAGAGAAAUACCAACAUUACCUGCAGUUGCAUCUGGGUGUUUUCCUUUCUCUUAGGAAUACCAUCUUUGCUCUACAGAAAGCUGAUCCCUGUUGGAGACAGGUUUGCAUGCCAGGAUGAAGACCCUUCUGUCAUCUAUAUUUUCACGGUACUUUGUUUGACUUUCUUGCUACCCUUGGGUGUAAUCUUAUUCUGCUACUGCUCUAUCUUCUCCAUGCUCAAGAGUCAUGUCAACCCAGGCAGGAAAACAAACCAUGCCCUUAAAAUCAUCUUUGUCAUCAUUGGGGCAUUCAUCUGCUGUUGGUUACCCUUCAAUACCUUCACAGCUGUCAUCACCUAUUACGGUGUGAUACAGAACAUCGAGUUCUCUUGUGAUGCAUUGAAAGCUCUCAGGAGGGGAGUUAAGAUCAGUGCUUGUCUGGCUUUCACCAACAGCUGCAUUAAUCCUAUCAUCUAUGCCUUUAUGGACCAGCAAUUCCGGCAGAAGGUAUUGAAGAAUUUCCUAGGUCUUUGUCGCCCAAAGGAAAAUGCCCAAAGCUCAGCAUUGUUCUUUUCAUCUACAGAAUCAAGCCUUCUGUUUGGCAGCAAAAAGAGAUUCAUACCAGCUACAACUGUUCCAAUUAACAGCGGGACUGAUUUAUAUGCUUCUAAAAGGCAGAUAUAGUUGCUAUUGUUGAGACCAUACAGUAGAAUUGUUGAGCCAGGUUAGUUAUGGAAGAGAGAGGAAGGAGAUGACUUAGAGGAUUGGUUUUCUUGAGAAGAAAAAAUGUUGUUUUUAAAAUUUCUGAUUUUUUUAAACUUUGUGGUUUCUCAUACAAUGUCAAAUGAAUUUUUUAUGAUGCAUUACAUAUACUCUAUACGUUUAUAAAAUAAAAUUCUGUUUAUAUAAAUUUUCCCUUGGUCUGUAGGAUAAAAAUGCAGAUUUAACACUUGCACAGAUUUAUAAGAGCUUCUUCAACUACCAAGAGAUAUUUCAUAUAUGAAUAGGAGUGACUUGUAAUAGUAUUUAUAAUAUCCUUUGCUAGAGAGUAGAUGAUUUGACUGUAUGUUUAGUCAUAAACUUACCUGCCUGCCUUAGCUUUUUAUUUAGAUAUUUUGGUAGCUUUUGCAAUUUGACUAUUGAUUGAUGAUUGAAAAUGUGCUUAAAUGGUUAUAAAAAGAAGUGAUGGUGAGUAUCUUUUGAUAACAAGUAUUCUUUAACACAAUAAGCCAUGUAAACAAAACUACCACAAUCCAUAAUAAAACUAAGUUUUGUAUAUUUAAUUAAGGAUGAAUAUAUAAUUGAAACUGUUGUCUUCCUGUCUCAAGCUGUUGAAGAUGUAUAUUUCUGGGGGGGAAAGUGGUUCCAAUGUUUAAAUUACUGUACAUUUUCUUGAUUUUGAUUAAAUUUUUAAUU